AGGGAGUAACCACUCACCACCACGAUUCGGCUCCCAUGCAGAGUGAGUCAACUCGGGGAGUGUGAUGGAAUCAACUUGGAAACUGUCGAUUAAUGGUUGCUUAGUCACUUUGUUUGAUUGGUUCCUCCUUCUUCACUAAGGCGUCCUCUGGUUGUUACUCGUCAGUUGUUCUAGUGGAGGAGGUUGCGGUGUCAGGAACUUAGGGUUUCCACUUUCCUGUCACGAUGGCUUCAGUGCCAAUCUUCGCUUCGAGAUCCCUGGCUACUACAAAUCCCCUCAAUCUUCUGCGGAAUUCAGCAACGUUACGAUCUCUUCCCACUGCGCAACCCUCAUUUUUAUUCUACAAGAAUCUCUUCCGCCGAGCUCCCACUGUUCUUCCUCUUAACCUUCGAAGAUCCCUAUGCCAUGCCAGUGCCACAAAUGAUGAAGAGGCUUCUGCCAAAGCAGCUGCAGCAAGUGCUGACAGUGGGGGCCCAACCAUAUUUGACAAGAUCAUAGCCAAGGAAAUUCCCUCCAGUAUAGUGUAUGAGGAUGAGAAAGUAUUGGCAUUUAGGGAUAUUAACCCUCAGGCUCCUGUUCAUGUUUUAGUCAUCCCAAAAUUUAGGAAUGGAUUGACACAGCUUAGCAAGGCCGAACCAAAGCAUACUGAGAUUUUGGGUCAUCUCCUGCACGCUGCCAAAGUUGUGGCAGAGAAAGAAGGUAUAAUGGACAGAUUUCGUGUUGUCAUCAACAAUGGACCCGGUGCUUGUCAAUCUGUUUAUCAUCUGCACUUGCAUGUACUUGGAGGAAGACAAAUGAAAUGGCCUCCUGGUUGAUUGCCAUUUAAUAUGGGUUCUUGUGAGAAAUUUUCUGUUUUUCUAUUCAUUUUUCUUUCGGGUAAAAUACAAAAAUCUCCCUUAUAAUUUCUGAUAAUCAUAAAAUCCUCCCUUGUAGUUUCACUUUAACAAAAACCUCCCCUGAACUUUUAAAAAAUUCAAUAGAAACCUCCCUUUUGUCACUGACCCAGACAGAAAACGUUUAACUGAUCCAUAAUUUUUUUCCAAAUACCCAUUUUACCCUUUUGUAAAAUGGGUACUGAAAUAACUAACUGAUGAAGAAUGGAUUAAGCUAAUCAAUAACAGUUGCCGGUGAAGUACAGUUGCCGGACGUUAACUUCCUGGGCAUUCCUCGGUCAAAUGUUAACUCGGUGCUAAAUACCUUUGAGGGUGAAAGAUUCCAAAUAACAAUUAAAAGGGAAGAAGACUCAUUGACGAUAACUGUAGAACCCCGAAGAGUGAUGAUAUCCUUGGCAAUAGUUCUUGAAGCCAUAUGUAUCUUUCUGCUCUAAUUCAACAGAAAUGGUUGCUUCCUCUUCAAGAAUUGGAUGACAGAGUCAGAACAAAAUAUUUUACAAAAAAUACCCAUGGAGCAGGGGAAAUGGAUUCGGUGGUUAAAUGAAAUCUCGAAAGCAAGACUUUGGGUUGGGAUCCUGCUAUUAAAUUUAUCAUGGUUCUAGUAAGAACAGAAUCUUUGUAUUUAUACUAAUUCACUAUGUCCAGAACUAGGUCAUUGAGAAAUUGAGACGACAACAAUUCAUCAAAGAGUUGUGCUUUAGUCCCAACAACCUUGAGAGAAUGGAGAUUUUAUGUGUAGUGGGUUUAUUGUUCGAGGCCUAAAAAUUGGUCAUUUUGGUUUUGGAAAUUGGAUUGUGUGGUCUAAUGCUUCUACAAGCUCUCACAAUUCAGAAACCACUGUUAAUCUCUCCCUCUAUUCUUUUUAAGCUGAAGGUGAUAUCCUUUGUUUCGCUAUUCCAUCAUGGGGGUUAGAAUUUCAAGAACAAGAGGAGAAAUUCAUCUCUGCGUGCCAUGGAAAAGGAAUCCCAGUUCGAGUUAGACUAAGAGUUCCAAAAGGCAUUGAAAAAAAUCUCGACGAGCAACAGCAAACCCUCUUGUAAAGAAAUUACUCCUCCAAAGAAAAGGGCCUCUUCUUCUAUUUCGUUCCAGUCCUUUUUUGUUAUAUUCGUUUUCUUUGCAUUUUGCAAACAAUGCAGUUCUACUUUUGCAAGGCCCUAUUCUUGCAUUUGGAGGAUUGCCAUGUUGCAACGUAGGUGUUCCAUAGUAAUGGUUCUUCAUCGGCAACUGUUAUUGGUUGGCUUAAUCCGUUCUUCUCUGAUUAGUUAUUAGUACCCAUUUUAUAAAAGGGUAAAAUGGUAUUUUGAAAAAAAAAUAUGGAUUGAUUAAACGUUUUCCGUCUGGGUCAAUAACGGAAGGGAGGUUUUUGUCAAAUUUCUUAAAAGUUUAGGGAAGGUUUUUGUUAAAGUGAAGAAACUAUAGGGGAGGUUUUUGUAUUUUACCCUUUUCUUUCUACCAAAGUUUGUCCAGAUAAGCAGGCAUAUAAAACAAAUUCAAAUGUUUACGAGGUCUAGUAAUUACUGUACUCCGGAAGAUGCAGUGUUGCACUAUACCGUUUGCUAUAGCCUUAA